CGGCGUGCCCGGCCCGCGGAGCCGGCGGCGGGGAUGGCGCCUGCGCGGGGCUGCGGGGCCGCUCCGCGGUGCCACACCCCCGGGGGAGGGAGGCAGGAGCGCCCGAGACCUCAAACCAUCGGGGAGCCGGCGGGGAGGAGGAGGAUGGAGUAGCGGGGCGACGCGCCGGGGGAGCGCAGAGCGCGGCGGAGAGCACGGGCCGGCGCGACCGAGCGCCGCCGCCGCCGGGGCAGCUCAGCGGGCGCGGAGGAGGGAGGAAAAUAAUGAAAGGCGGAAUAAUGCACUGAGGGGAAGGAGGCUGAUGGUCGCCCGGAGGCUCCGCACCUACAGAGUGACGUCCUGCUGCAGUGCCGCUGCCUACCUACGCUGACUGAGCUCGUCAAUGGAGCUGGAAAAUAUCGUUGCCAACACCGUCUUGCUGAAAGCCAGGGAAGGAGGUGGAGGGAAACGCAAAGGCAAAAGCAAGAAGUGGAAGGAAAUCUUGAAAUUCCCUCACAUUAGCCAGUGUGAAGAUCUCCGAAGAACAAUAGAGAGAGAUUACUACAGUAUAUGUGAAAAGCAGCCGAUUGGAAGGCUUCUCUUUCGGCAGUUCUGUGAAACUCGACCCGAGCUUGAGUGCUGCAUUAGGUUCCUUGACUCAGUGGCAGAGUAUGAAAUUGCUCCAGAUGAAAAGCUGGGAGAGAAAGGAAAGGAAAUCAUGAUGAAAUACCUCACCCCAGAGUCUCCAGGUUAUGUUCCAGAUGUCAGUCCAGAUCUUAUCCAACAGACAGAGGAAAAACUCGAAAUCAGCCCCUGCAAAGAGCUCUUCUCUCACUGUACAAAAUCUGUCCUUGACCACCUCAGCGGGGAACCAUUCCAAGAAUACCUAAACAGCAUGUACUUUGACAGGUUUCUUCAGUGGAAGUGGUUGGAAAGGCAACCAGUAACGAAAAACACAUUUAGGCAGUACAGGGUACUAGGGAAAGGUGGCUUUGGGGAGGUCUGCGCUUGCCAAGUCCGAGCAACAGGGAAGAUGUAUGCCUGCAAAAGAUUAGAGAAGAAGAGAAUAAAAAAAAGGAAAGGCGAAUCCAUGGCACUAAAUGAAAAGCAGAUUUUAGAAAAAGUCAAUAGUCAGUUUGUAGUCAAUUUAGCCUAUGCCUACGAAACAAAGGAUGCACUGUGUUUAGUUUUGACCAUAAUGAAUGGGGGUGACUUGAAGUUUCAUAUCUACAAUAUGGGAAACCCAGGCUUUGAGGAAGAACGAGCUUUGUUUUAUGCGGCAGAGAUUCUUUGUGGCUUAGAAGAUCUACAUAGAGAAAAUACUGUAUACAGAGAUUUGAAGCCAGAAAAUAUCCUACUAGAUGAUUAUGGUCAUAUUAGAAUAUCUGAUUUGGGUCUAGCUGUUAAAAUUCCUGAGGGUGAAUCAAUCCGUGGAAGGGUAGGAACAGUGGGGUAUAUGGCCCCAGAAGUGUUGAACAACCAGAGAUACACACUCAGCCCUGACUACUGGGGGCUAGGCUGUCUCAUUUAUGAAAUGAUUGCUGGGCAAUCACCAUUUCGUGGAAGGAAAGAGAAAGUAAAGAGGGAAGAAGUGGACAGGAGAGUGCUGGAGACAGAAGAAGUGUACUCCCAUAAGUUUUCUGAGGAGGCCAAGUCCAUCUGUAAAAUGCUCCUCACCAAAGAUGUGAAGCAGCGGCUGGGAUGUCAAGGGGAAGGUGCAACAGAAGUGAAGAGACACCCCUUUUUCAAGAGCAUGAAUUUCAAGCGGUUAGAAGCAGGAAUGCUGGAUCCUCCCUUUGUCCCCGAUCCCAGAGCAGUAUAUUGCAAGGAUGUGUUAGACAUCGAGCAAUUCUCCACAGUGAAAGGAGUAAACCUGGACCAAACAGAUGAUGAUUUCUAUUCCAAGUUUUCCACAGGAUCAGUCUCUAUUCCGUGGCAAAAUGAGAUGAUAGAAACAGAGUGUUUCAAAGAACUAAAUGUGUUUGGACCAAAUGGUACUAUUUCACCAGACCUAAAUAAAAGCUACCCCCCAGAGCCACCCAAGAAAGGAUUGCUACAGAGAAUAUUUAAACGACAGCAUCAGAACAAUUCGAGGAGUUCUCCAAAUUCAAAGGCCAGUUUAAAUCACCACAUAAAUUCAAAUCAUGUAAGUUCAAACUCCACUGGAAGCAGCUAGUUCCAGCUGAGUUUUUUGAAACAACAUGUUGCAUCCUUCCACUAUAAUCUAUGGAGCUUCUACGGAGGAGAGAGCAUCCACCGUUGAGUGAAGAGAAAAAAAGGAUCUCCCCAAAAUGGAGAUUUUCUGUCCAUUCCUUUCGGUGGAGCCUCACAUUUCAAGAAGAAAUUUCCACUCAGGUCUGUUUUUGGAGGUGGCACUCAAGACUGUGUGAAUCAAAUUUGUCUGUUUAGAACAUUGCAAUAGAAAUUCAAUGAACAUGACUACUUGCACGUAUUUAAAUAGCAUCAUGCUAGAACUGAAUUUUGUCUUUGUUAUUUUUAAAGAAAAGUUUUGUAAAUUUCUCUAUUGUCUCAGUUUACAUUUUGUACAUUUGUAUUUAAAUGAAAGUCAGACUUUGGAGGUGUAUAUUUUCCAAGCAGCAGCUGUAAAGCCAUGUGUUUUAAGACUUUUUUUAAAAAGAAAAAGAAAUGUGAUUCAAGACUUCCAGAGCCUCAAAUGAGAAAUUCUUCUUUUUAGUAAUUCUAGAAAAUUAUUCAUAUUCACUUUAUCAGACUGGGUUUUAUUGACAUGCAUUUUUAUGGAACAGUUUAUUCUUAAUUAUUUUACGUUGGUAUAUUUGGUUUACAGCAACACUGCAUACAUUUCUCCACUUCAUUAAUUUGUAAUGUUUCACAUUAAAUGCUAAAAGAUACUGAUAAGGCUUUGAUGCAUUCAAGAAUAUGACUUGCUAUGCCUAAGGUUUGUGAUGUCAUGGGACCAGCACAGCUGAGAUUGGCACUUACUUAUGCUGUUAGAUCAUCAUAAAUUUUUUGGUUUGAAAGGGAACCCUGUUUUAAGCCCUUUUCCUUCACUGUUUUUUGUGCUGUUUCUAGUGAGAGAAAGAACAAAAUUGAAUGAGAGGUGACCAGGAAAGCAACUGAUCAUUUGUUUUUCAAGGACUUGAAACUUGCACCCACUGAAAUAAGAGCAAAAUUUUAAGUGAUUUCAGUGUUACAGUCAGAAGUUCAAGGCAUUUCCACAGUUGCUCAUAUCCAGCAGGUAGCAAGAGAGAAAUUCAGUAGUCUGUUUUGUGCUGACCAUGAGAUUCAUGUCAGCUUUCUAGAGCUGAGCUAUGGAGGUUCAGAAUGGGAUCUGACCUGCUUAUGUCACAUCACAUCUAUUUUUAUUUUACUUGUCUCCAUUUUUGAGCAGUAGUAGAACCUGUAGGUUGUGUCUGCACUUAGGGUUCUUUUAUGUGUGAAGUGUCAUGUCAAACACACCAUGUCUCAUCCCCUCAAUUAAGACCUCAACUUAAUUGAAUAAAAUGUCAAUUAUGAAAUAAUAGCUCCCACUUUUGGUUCCAUCAUUCUUUGUCCAGGAUCCUUUAACCAUUGUGGAAAACAUUCUUCCCGCUAGUAUAAACAGGAUCAGUAGCAGUACCUCAGGCACCAAAGUUAUGGUCUUCUCAAGUAUACUAGUAUCUAUUAUUAAGAAUGCCAGAUCAGAUAUAAAAUAUCAUUGCUUCCCUUCAAGAGGAAUUGGAAAAACUUUGUCCCCCAAGUGCAGACAAGGUCUACAUAGUCCAAAGUGUUCUGUAAAACAGGUUGGUUCACCAUGCUCUUUACAACGCUGGCUAGACAGGACUGAUCAUUUUACACUUUUGUGUCAAUAAGGAACAUCUGAUGGUCAGCCUGGUGUGUCUAAAACUCUGUUAGCUAAUAGUGCAGCUAUCCCUGGGCACAAGGAAGCACUGUUCCAGCAGAAGUCUAAGUAGGUGAAAUUCAUUAGACUGUCACAUAUAUGUUCUCUCUGGCCAGUGCAGAAAGGAAGAAGAUGCAGGUUAGUAGUGGCAAAGCUGUGAAUGAGAAAGUGACAUGAAUUACUAAAACAGCUUGAGGUCAUGAGGGGGGAGAAAUAGAACAGGGUCAGAAUUUGCAUAAAGCUGAAAAAAGUCAAAGAAGGGAGACGAUGCUUGGGCACCUUUAUCAGGAGCAAAGUAUGUUAAGAUGAAAGCAUGCCUCAUUCCAAAAGCCUCCGGUUUUCUUGGUCAUUGGUAGACAUGCAGGGAAGCUCUGUAAAUGUGCCAUAAUAUCACCAGGAAUCCGUUUCCCUUCUUCCUUCAGGUCAGUGUGUCCAGAAAAUCCCUGUGCCCAGUGUAGACGGCGCUCAGGGAGAGCUUCAGCCACUCUCCUAUGUCAGAUGAUGGCACUGCAGAUCUUAGCAAGGUGCGAGAUUGUAAGGAGACAGGAGGAGAUGAAAGUUAUGGGUAAUUUUCUCUCUGGAUCAGCCAUAAACUGAAACUAUAAUGGUUUCAGGAGGGGAAUGAAAUAUUGCGGGGGGUGAAAGCAACUAGGCCUGUUACCUGUAGCUCCGUUCUCAUAGCCUGACAUAAAGCUACAAGAAGAACCUGAUCGGUCAUUUUAACAUGCUUUGGAUAAAGACACACUUGCUCUGGGAGAUUUUCACAGGCAUUCUUCAGUGACACAUGGGAUUUCACCUCAUUUCAGGAAAUGUAGGUGAGAAGUGGAAGAACAGAUCUUAGCCAAACCACUGGUGUAUAUCAGUGUACCUGAGACAAGGCACACACAUUAGUUCUUGGACAACUGCUAAUGUCAUGCAACUCUAAUCUGUUUUUAAUCACUCUAAGACAUCACCUCUUAACAGUAUUGUGUGCAGUAUGUUUGUACACUGCCAGCUGACUUUGUCCUGUGCAUAGAUGCCAGGGAAGGGGGGUGCUGGGUGACAGCUAGAGCAUAGGACUAAGCUCUUGUUCCACCGCUGCCGUUAUCUCACUUUGCAGCAACAGAGAAGCAUAUUCUCCCAUCAGAAAAAUGUGGUUGAUAAUAUCUACCUACCACUCUGGGGGAGAGAAAAAGGGGGUUGUGGGAAGGCUUAGCCCAUGUUUCAUGUUUCCCCAAUGUUUUAUGGGAUAAAGCUGAUAAGACCACAGCUUUUCACCCAAGAGUUUCAUUUUCUACAUGUUAGCAAUUUGUCACAUGAAGACUAGAUUUUCUUCUUUUUUUUUACCAUCUCUCUUUCGGGAAAUAAAAUCCUAAUUAUAACAAAGCCUUUACUGAAAGCUGGUGAGCAAAUUGCAAAUAGAUUGUACAUGACCAUAUACCUCUUAGGUGAUCAGUUUUAACUAGUGGUGGAUGACUUUUUGAUAAGACAACAGUGAAUGAUAGCAAAUGACAUGAUUAUUGGAAAUGGAUACUCUCUCUCAGUAUGGCUGUAAACAGGAUUCCAGGCUUGUGCCCUGGGCGACAUCCGUCCUGAGAAUGGAGCUCCUCUCUGCCCCUUCUGCUGUCCUUAUACUGGGACAGUUCCCUAUUCAGCACCUCUAGAAUAUUAGCAGUAGGAACACAAGGACAGUGCAAAAUCCUGGAGUGGACAAGUGCUGUGUUCAGUGAGUCCUGAGAGCUUGUAAAUCCUUGGAGGAGAUUAUUCUAUGGUUACAUGUCUUGAACCCUCAAGAUGAUGUGGAAUAAGGAUUCUUAUGUCCAGCUUGUGCUAAAGAGUCAAUCCUGCAAUGAAGUCCCAGCCCCUGGGGAGCAGAGAGUGAGUAAAGGGAAAGACAGACAACAAGACCAAGGCAAAACUUUUAACAGUAUUAUGAUGCUUGGACAGCAGUAUUGUGAUACACUUUCAGUAUCCAGGACUCGAAAGAUUCAAUCAAUGUCGUACAUCACCAGUGCUGACAAACUGGGAAUCUUUUGGUCAGGGUCUGCCUACAAUAACAAAUUGUGCAGGUGGUGGUGGUGGUGGUGGUUGUUGUUGUUGUUGUUGUUGUUGUUGUUCAGCUCAUCUCACACCCAAGACCAGGAUAGACCACAGUUCUUCACUUCCUUUGUGUGACCAGGUGCGAUUUCAGCACACAGCUCUAGGGCUGAAGCCCUACUGAGGCAAUCCCCUGCACAGCCAGGCUCCCACAGACACUUGAAAUUUGUCUCCGUGGAGUCAAAUACUUGUACUUCAUUGAAGAAACACUGGGAACCAUGAGUGUUCAGCAAUUCUGGAAAAAACAGGCUUGUAAUUUCAUCAUACAACCUUGGAGAGCAUUUACAAGGGAGUAUGCAGCAUUUUGAUUCAGCAUGAAUAGUUUUUGAGGUGGCUUUGUGCAUAAAAAAGGAGUAGAAAGCAGUAGUUGUUUAAUACCUUUCCAGCCUGAUUAAUUUUCUAUAUCAUCUUCCCAAUUACAAUACAGUUUCUUUUGAAAAAUGGACAAAUUUAGAUCUGGUUGUUUGUUUUAAAUAGACUGAUGAGCAAAUAUAGCUCUUUUUAGUAGUUGGAAAACUUUUGCAUAUUGAUCCUAAAUUGUGCAAAUAAGUCUGUUAUUUUUAAGUCUUUACUAAGUAGUCUGAUGAACAUUUAUCAAACUAUGAGCUUUAUGAUUCAAAAGUUCUCUAUUCAUCUUCUAUGGUACCUCAAGAUUUACUUAAGUCUUGUAGCAGUCGUCUUCUGCUCUCGCUGGAUGACAGACUUUUUAGACUUAUGAGUAAUGAAGGAAAAACACCAAAUAAUAAACCCUUACGUACGCACGCUUGACCUGGAUUAUCUAAAAAGGGUUUUUUACAAGAAUGGCUGUGACUCAGAUGUUGUUCCUGAACAGAAAUGUGUGUGUUAAGAUAGAAAAGGUGUGAAGAUAAUCAAGCCAAACAGGUACUGGAGAUCAAACUGAAUGUUAGUGAAAUGCAGAAUUCAGUAUUGCAGUUUUCAUCUGGCCCUACUGAUUACAGCUUCCUGGUAACUGACAGUUCAGAGGCACUUCCAGGUGCCUGUAACAAUUUGAUUCUGUCUCAAUUUACAGUCAUCACCUCCCCUAGAAACUAUGGCUAGCAGUGCUGUAAGCAAUAGGUUGCCAAACUUCACUAACAUUGCUAGUGUCUUAUUCUAAGACACUGAUUCUUAAUUUUGUUCAAAUAGAACUCAGCCUGCAAACUGGACUCUUUAUCUGUCCAAGCCUCACAUUUCAAAUCCAGUUGCUGUUAACUUUUUUCAGUCACGAUGACACAGCUAAAAUGAAAACCAGUCCAUAAUACCAGGAGAGGACAAAAAAAGACAGAGAGGCCAUGAGCACUGAAGUACAGUGUGAAACCUACCUUUAAAUGUGUCUCUUCAUUAAGUGUCAAAUGGCAGUUACUAUACAUCACAUUCUUCCUUGGUUGGUCACAUGAAACCCAAAGUUUCUGGAGUAGCUUGAAAUUACUCAAGGUCAUAUUAAGUAGAGGGUCUGGCCCACGGCUCAAAGGCAAUAUUGUCUGCUUGAGCGAGUCAGAUGUAACAAUUCAAAGAGGCAAGUAGGUGCCCGUUCAGCCUGUAUGAACAGCCAUUGCACAGAUCAGUGUUCCCACAUAUCUGAGCCUCAAUAGGUAGGUCUCAUCAUAGACUUUUUUGGAAGAGCAGUAAAUGAGAUGCACACCUUUAUAGCAUAGCUGCUUCUUCUCAUGGACAUCUGUGGAAUGGGUGGCUCAGAUCUGGCCCGUGAAACCUGACUUCAUUGUGGACAAGAUACGGCUGUUUCAACCUUUGGUCCACAGUUAGUUGUGACUGUUUUCUGUUCAGAUUCGUAAUAUUCACUUGUUAAGCAUCUCAGUGCAGACAAAAUCAUGCAUCAGACAUUUCCAGGCAUUUUCCAUACGAUCUUUGAGAAGACUGGAUUUUGCUUUGGACAAACAUUCUUCGGUUAGUCUGCCCCUAGGGAUCUAGACCAUCUUCCUUAAUGUGUGUAGCAUGAAGCACAAAAGGACCUGCAGAAGCUCAAGGAGUCCAGAAUAAAAAUAAUCGAUACCUAGGUAACAGGUGCCAGCUUCAUAAAAACACCACUUGGCCUUCUUGUCUGGCCCUGCAGCAGAGAAGUCCAGUGGUGAACAGACUAAAAGAUUCUCCUGCUGAGGAUUGUCCUAGUCUGUCUCAGGCUGAAGGGAGGUACAUUUGGCGGUGAAGACUGGGAGAAGCUGUUUCCAUUCAAUGACUACACGGAAAACAGAAGAUUCCAGAGCUGUCAGUGUCAAACCUUCCACAAAUAUGACCUGCAAUUUAAAAUACUACUAGCCAUUUAGAAUAAGAAUAAUAACUACUGCUACCCUUGCGCUAAAUGAGAGAAAGAGUACGUAAGUCUAAAACGACUCUUCACUUUGUGUGCUGGGUAGGAGACAAUCUCUCUUAGAAAUACUCAAUAUCAUUUAUGUGGUGCUGGCUGGUAAUACCUUUUUGUCUUUAUCUGCAAAAGGAAAAGAGAAAGAAAUUGUUCCAGAGUACUUUGCAUCUUAUUUCCUCUAGGGAAGUCACUGAAGAAGGAGAAAGCCAACAGCAUGCUACAGUAUUAUAUGCUCACGCCCCCCCCCCAAACAUCUCUGUGAUAAUACAAAUACAAGAUGCUGCUGUUGGAUCAGCUGAGCUAGAGUACUGACAAAUGGAUUUUAUGAAAGAAACAAUUUUAAAGAGAUUGCAGCCUAUUCACUAAAAUGAAUACAAUUGCCUGUGUAAAAGUAUUCUCCUUGAUUUAUGUAUUGGAGCCAGAAGCGGUGGCUUGUAUUCCUAUUCUGCCCAUGUUUUUCUUCACUGCCCUAGGCAAACCCCUAUGCAAUUUUGUUUUCCAAUUCUUAAACACGGAGUGAUGCUCUCUAUCAAUGGAAAGCACUUUGUAGUCUAUGAAUAAAGCAGAUCAAUAUUAAAUCUUUUUUUAUUGUAAGUGAAAUAGGCUUGAUAUAGCUGCUCUUAUUUACAUGAUUCUAGGGAAAUGACUCUUGUAAAUAAGGCUUCUUUUUUGUUAUUGGUUUGUCAUAGUUCCUCAGAGAUGCUGAAAUGGGAUGCAUUUCACUUCUGUAAAGACACCUCCAACAAAAGAUGACAGUGCAAAUGUUCCAGUAUUCAUUUCUUAUUUAAGAGCUAGCUAGUAAUUUCAGCAAUCGCACAAACACUUCCUCUUUUUUAUAUUGGAAAUAAGUAGUUAUGAAGAAGGGAACAAAAUAACAUUCACUGGUUCAGCUUCACAAUUUUUCUCUUUUUUGGCCAAGCCUGCAACAGAAUUCCUAGGUAUCAAUUAAGUGAACUGCUGUGUACAGUCACGAUGAUGUAUGCAUGGUAAACAUCAGGUCAACUCACUGCCCAUCUAUGGACACAAAAGAGGUAACCACAUUCCUGGAAGCAAAGGACUCCAAAGGGGAACUCCAGGUUUUCUGGAAAAUUGGCAGGCCACUGAAGAAGAUUCACUCCCAGAGAAGAAACAUUUCAGAUAGUGGCUGGAUGACAAAUGUGUUUUCCUUCCUCAUCACCCCGCAGCUGUUAAAUAUGUUUAGUAGCCAGCUCAAAUGAGCUACUUCGUGUGUAUUGAAUGCAAUUUCCCUUGAUUGCAUUUCUUUUAAAUACUGGACACUCUUCUAAAAGACUUAACAUUUUAGCCUUUUGAAGGUGAAGGAUGUAAAAACUUUAUUUUGUGUUUCUGAGCAAUGUAGAUAGACCUAAAGAUUUCAUGAACUAUCACGUGGUUGCCCAUAUCUGACUAAUAAUUAAAUUGUAAAAUUGCCGUUUCAUAUUAGAGUUAGUCUUUUCACCU